UGAAAAUUACUAAAAUUACUUUUUAUAACUGUGCUGUAAAAUGUAAUAAAUAAAACGUAGCCAAAUAAAGUGUGCACGCGUCGAAUUAAAGUGCGGUUCAAAUAUAUUCAUAUGUACAUAUAGUAUAUAUGAAAGGAAUACAUAUAUAGUUUGUUGUGAAUAAUCAUCAUACAUUCGUGAGAACAACGCAAAUAAAUAUUUCAAGGCAAAAUGUUAUUGGACAACGCCACGCUGGCUCCAUCCUCAACCUCAAGCUCAAGCUCAUCCUCGUCCUCGUCCACGCCCUCAACCUUCUCCUCCAGUGCAGUCGACAGGCCCCGCAGCAGACAAAUUGCGCGUAAAAUAAAACUUCAAUUGCAGCAAUAACAACAACAGCAAUAGUGAAUACAGCACAGCACACAGACCUAAACAAAAAGAACAACAAGAAAAAAAAAACGAAGAAGAAAUUGAAAAGCGUUUUAAAAACAAUAAAAGUGGCAAAUUCACAGCCAGGCAAUCCGCCCCCUAAGCAUCCUUUGCUACGCAGCAAAAAAAUUCGCAAAUAUUGCGAAUACGUGUCGCUGUGUGUUGAGUGUUUGUGUUUGUGUAUGUGUAUGUGUAAUGCAUUUGAACGGUAACAACAACAAGAACAACUACAAUAUCUAGAAGAAGGACGCGUGUUAAUGUUGUACGUGGCAAAGUCAAAGCGAUACGAGUUGUAUUCGUUGCAUUAAGCAACAACAACAACGCCAGGAACAACAUCGAGCAACAACAGGAAAAGUCAAAUUUUCCCCGUCGUUUUACCUAUCCGCUGUCGCUGUUGCUGCUGCUGCUGCUGCACUUGAUGGCGCUUUAAGGGUCAAUUGCACCCCAGCGACCGAAACGUGAGUGCGAUCGAGCAGCAACAAAGGGAAUAAAGCGUAUCGUUACACUACUCGUAAGGUAAGCUUGCAGUUGCACUUGGAUGUGGAUGUGGGAGGCUGGCACAAGUCGACAAGUGAAAUUGGAAACGGUAUUUGGAAUCAAGAAGCUUAAGUGUUCCUCCUGAAAAAUAGAGAGAGAGAGAGAGAGAGCUCCUCAGCUGUGGAAACGGUUGAGGAGAAAAAUGACGACGUCAUUGCCACUGCCACUGCCACUGCCUCUGCUGGCGAUAGCAGCGACGUCAGCAGCGGCGUCAGCAGCGGCAGCAUCAACGUCAAUGCCAGAGGAGGCAAAAACGUUUUCGGAUGCGGAUGUGGCGGAAGUGCGGCGCGUUGUGCAACGCAUUUUGGUGCCGUGCGUUUUUGUUAUUGGACUAUUGGGAAAUGCAGUGAGCAUUUGUGUUUUGACGCGGAAGCGCAUGAGGUGCACCACAAACAUUUAUCUAACGGCUCUGGCAAUUACGGACAUUGCGUACCUGACCUUUGUAUUAAUAUUAUCAUUUCAACACUACGAUUAUUUCAAAUACCAAUGCGAGCUCUACUGGAAGCUUUAUGGGCUUAUGAUGUGGCUCUGUGAUGCAUGUGCGUACAUCUCAAUUUACAUAGCCGUGUGCUUCACCAUCGAGCGAUUUAUAGCGAUACGCUAUCCGCUCAAAAGACAAACAUUCUGCACCGAGUCGCUGGCCAAGAAGGUAAUAGCAGCCGUUGCUCUCUUCUGCCUGCUGACCACGCUCUUAACGGCAUUCGAGCACACAUACAAAAUCAAUUGGCAAUUGAUGGAUGACGCCAACCGGCCCUGCAAUCAGACCCUGGCAAAUGUGUCGCCCACGCCCAAUCCAAUCCAGACGACGUCCAGCACUCCGCCACCGACCACAGCAUUGCUGCAGCCGAAUGAGCAGCAGCAACCAACAGCAACUACAGCAACCAAUCGCAGCGGCAGCGGCAACACUCUCCGCUAUUUCGAGCACUUUGAUUUGGGCAGCGAUCCUGGCAGCGGCAGCGGCAGCGGCAGCAACAAUGAGCACAUUCCAAGUAGGCAGCAACGCGUAAGCAGAACAACAUCUGACGGCGAAGAGGUGAAUGCGCCAGCCACUGAGCCGACUACAGCGACCACGGACAGUUUGUUGCAGUUGUCACGUGCCAGACGCAGACUCAGACGUAGCAAGGACAACGACAUCGACAUCGCCAUCGACAUCCACAGCGACAGCGAUGUCAAUUUUAACUACAACUACAACAACAUCAACAUCAACAGCAACAGCAUCGACAGCGCAUUCGAAUUUAACAUUACGCAUAUGUGUGAAAACAGAACUGUAUACAACAACAUAUACUCGGAUCUGGGCAACAAUGAGCUGUACAUUACCAUCUGGAGUCUCUACUCGAUGGUUGUGUUUGUGCUGCUGCCACUUUUGUUGCUUGCCACCUUCAACUGUUUCCUCAUCCUGCUCGUGCAUCGCUCGAAGAAUGUGCGCGGAGAUCUGACCAAUGCCAGCAGCAUACGUCGCACCAAGCGGAAAUCGAGUUCGGGCCUCAAGGGAAGCGUUUCGCAAGAGAAUCGUGUGACAAUCACACUGAUUGCCGUUGUGCUGCUGUUCAUUGUCUGUCAGCUGCCGUGGGCAAUUUAUUUGAUACUCACACAGUAUGUGAAAAUUGAGAUGAACAUCCAGAGGAUUGCUGGGAAUAUUUUGAAUUUUCUGGUUGCCAUCAAUGCAGCAGCGAAUUUUUUCUUAUAUUGCGUGCUGUCGGACAAGUAUCGGAAGACGGUCCGUGAGCUGAUCACCGGCUAUCGUUAUCGUCAUCGGCAUGCACGCAACAACAUCAGUCUCUACGUGCCUCACACAACAACCACACUAAAUGGCGAUGGACACAGUUCGGCUGCUGCUGCUGCUGCUGGUGGUGGUGGCAACUUAACCUCAUACAACCACAAUGCGAGCAGUCGACGGUGUCGCGGCAAAGCUGCGGCCACAGGGCGUCUGAUUGCGUGAGCGGGGAUUUGUAAUCGAUUUGGUAUCGAUAAUUGUAUCGAUAUCAAUUGUAUAGUCAGUGCUGCAGUGAAGUGGCUGUGUGGGGCUUUGUUAUUUCAUUACUCUCUACAUAUACAUAAAAAUCUCUCUCUCUUCUUCUGUUAGCUUUUAAGUCAAUACUGUAUAAUAACUACUCGUAUAUACAAUAGAUAUACAAUAUAUCCAUUUAUUUUUGUGCCAUAAUGUGAUGAUUAUAGUCUUUAUGCUAGUUAUCCUAAUCGUAAUUGUUGUUUGUCCUAAGUGUCAUAAAUGUAGUUUAAAUCAAAUACAUAUAAAGCAUGUGCAAAUCGAUUGCUUCGAUUAGUCUUUACACGCUUGGGACCGCGGCCUUUACCUGUAUUAUUUGCAUUUCAGACAUUUUAAUCGGCGGUGUCAUGCAACGAAUGCUUUGGGAAAUUCGUUUGAAUUUCGGCAGUGGCUGUGGCAAAAGCGUUGCGAGUAUCGAAACGAAUCUAUACAAAAAGCCUGCAGACACAACUUAAGCCCAACGGGGUAGCAUAAUAGGGCCAGUCACGGCACACACACACGCACACACACACGCACACAUACACUCGAACACACAUUGCUGGGAACGUAAUGGAGUAACAAACAUUUGCGGUUUACUGCAUUUGCUGUCAUGUGUGCGAGUGCACACCACAAAAAAAAGAAAACAAAGUAAGCAAGCUACUGUCGAGUGUGUUCGAC